AUGGGAAAGACAAAGGCAGGAAAAGAGGCCAAGGACGAGGCAGAGGUUAUUCCUAAUGCCAGUAUCGAGGAAUUAGAUACGCUAAGGAACGCUGGGCGCACUGUGCGUAUUGUGACAGGUUCUUAUGAGCACAAUCUCUUGUGCGUCGCACUUACGAUCACACCAAAGGGCGAAGUGUUCACACCCAUUUUCCAUUUCACCCCACACACGCAAUCUAUUCGCUGCUUGGCCCGGCACAAACGGUUUUUGGUGAGCGGCUCGAACGAUGAGCUCAUUAGAUUGUACGAUCUCCAACGUCGCCGAGAAUUGGGCACAUUGAUGCACCAUUCGGGCCAAGUGCUCUCGGUACAGUUUUUCAAUAAAUGGAUGUUCUCGACUGCAGGUGAUAACAAGAUUCUCAUCUGGCGCAUCAAGGACUGGGAAUUGCUAGCUGAACUCAAGGGACACAGAGCUCCAGUUGUUGACUUUGCCGUUCACAAAUCCGGCAAGAUCGCCAUCAGCGUUGGAGAAGAUCACAAGCUCAUUCUGUGGAAUAUGAUGACUGGCCGCAAAGCAAGUAUUGAGAAGCUUCCUGGUGCACCUCGCCAGGUUGUUUGGGUUCCUGGAGGAAAUAUGUACUAUGUUGCAUAUGACAUGAAGAUCAUUGGCAGUAAUGAUCUGCCCGAAAUUGCCUUGAAAUCUCGUCUUCACCGUAUGAAGCUGGUUCAUUACAAAAAGGAUUAUUUGGUCGUGAGCUUAGAAAAUGGCCACAUUGAAUUCUACGAUAUGCAAUCCGGAAAGCUGGAAUUCGAUUUGGUCGGUCAUGCUAGCAGAGUGAAAGACUUCGACACCCUUGAGAACCUGAUGGUGUCUGUUUCCUCAGAUGGAAAAAUCGUCGUGUGGGAUCUGGAGUCGCGCGAUCAAAUUGCUGUUUAUGCAGGUGGUGACCGGUUGAACUGUGUCGCGCUGAUCCCAGAUGAGAUUGAGCACAUUGUCAAACGACCUGCUUCAGAAAACUACAGCGACUACGAAUCCGAGCCAGAAACAAACACAAAAGUACAGAAACGCAAAAAGAAGAAGGCAAAGGUUAUUGUCGAGCGAUAA